UUGGAUUUUGCAGAUGUCAGUCAAAUAGUCUUUCAUUCCGACGUUUUACUAUCAUGGCGGCCGCCGUAGGCAGGAUUUGUGGGGCACGACUUUUGCAAAAAUAUGGGAUAGUGGCUCCCCAGAUUUGUCAGCUGUCCACUAAUGCUCAUGCAUGGACUAAGAGUAGGAAAUUGUGGUUGACCACAUUAGGUGUGGGUGCGGGAGGUGUGGGUGCCUUACUGUUUGCAUUGGAACAGUCGGUACAGGCUUCAGGCACGGAAGCACAUCCCUACCACCAGCCUUGGAGCCACAAUGGAUGGUUCCAAUCUCUUGAUCAUGCCAGUAUUCGCCGAGGUUAUGAAGUUUACAAGCAAGUAUGCAAGGCUUGCCACUCUUUACAGUACAUUGCAUACCGUAACUUAGUCAAUGUGAGCCAUACUGAGGAGGAGGCAAAGGCAGAAGCUGCUGAGGUCAUGAUUAAGGACGGUCCUGAUGAGGAGGGCAACUAUUUUGAACGUCCAGGAAAACUAUCCGACUACUUCCCAUCACCAUACCCCAAUGAAAAUGCAGCUCGAGCUGCUAACAACGGUGCCUAUCCUCCGGAUCUAUCUUUGAUAGUGUCUGGUCGUAAGGGCGGCGAGGAUUACAUCUUCGCUCUCCUGACGGGUUACAUGGAAGCACCAGCUGGGGUCAUACUGCGUGAGGGACAGAACUACAACCCAUACUUCCCCGGUGGUGCCAUUUCUAUGGCACAAGUUUUGUUCGAUGAGGCUGCGGAAUACACUGAUGGUACUCCAGCGACGGCUUCCCAGUUGGCAAAGGACGUGGCAACUUUCCUACGUUGGUGCUCUGAACCAGAGCUGGACGAUCGCCGCCUCAUGACGAUCAAGGCCAUUGGAAUAUUUUCCUUCCUAGCCGCCAUCGUGUACUACUAUAAACGGCACAAGUGGUCCACAAUGAAGUCCCGCAAACUAGCCUACAAAGCGGUAUCUAAGAAGUAAAGAGUAGCGUAAAGGAUACUAUUUAGACAAUUUUUUUUUUUUCAAUAGGCAACACUUGUAAUAAAUAAUUUAUUUCUAAAUCUAUGUUUCAAUCAUGUUACCGUUACCGUUCGCUUGUUGCGAGUAUAUUAUUUAUAAAGUGUUAUAAUAAUGUUUGUGUGGAUGAGAACACAGAUUCAAUUAAUUCAAGCUGUGCUUGUGAUAAUCAAUUAAAAAUAAUUUCAGUGUACUGUACAUUAAAUAUGUUAUCGAAAAUGGCGGAA